AUGGCAAAAGGGAUUGAGUCGCUGUUGCUAAAUCAGGGGAGCAAAUCGGAUCGUCCGGAAACUGUGAAACCAGGGAUCAGUGAACUUCCUCACCUACCUCCUUACACGCCGGAAACGGGUAGCAUCGACUUGAUCAAUUGGGUAACGCAUAUUACACCUAUUAUGGAGGAUUUGAGUGAUUCGUCGAGUUUGUGGUGGACUGAGACCCUCCAGGAGGUUAUGGCAUGGUAUGGAAGGUACUCUGUUGCUACGCCUCUGGAAAGGAUACAGUUGUUGCCGAUCACCACUCAUGUGCGGCGUGCAGAAUGGGCACGCGUGGAGAGGCGGGCAACGGCCAUGAUGCUCACUGCAAUUCCUUCAACGAUUAAGGAGGAAGUCAUAGCUGCAGGUGGCGUGUCCACUACCAAUUUGCUGGCGAAGUUGUUUUCGACUUAUCAACCUGGGAACAGACAUGAGAAAGCCUUGGUUUUGGCUAACCUGGAAAAACCAAGUGAAUGCCAAGAUGCUCUGGGAGCUGUGGAGGCUCUUAGAAAAUGGGAAUGGAAGGCGCCAGGAGGCGGAGCUGCUCAGCGAGCUAAGGAGGGAGGUCCAAAGCCUCCCGCGCCAAAGGAUGCAUCAGCUACUCCGUCUUCGGCGCCCUCCAGUGGUUCUCCUUCACCGUCACGCAAGGUGGGGUUUGAUGUUGCGGCAGAGGCGGCGGUGAGGGUCUUGUCAGUCUUUCAGGAGAUCAACAAAGUCAAGGCCUUUGCACCGUUAGUUGAAGCAGUGGAUCGUUGGUCUCAGAAGUGGGCAGCUCCAACCAGCCCAAAAACCGCUCUUAUGGAUAGCGGCGCCACCCACCCUUUGAGACAGCCGCGGGAUGAACAAGAAUGGUUGGAUGCUCUGAACGUAAAGGUCGCAUUAGCCGGUGAUGCUAAGACUACUAUGAGACAGACAGCAGCUGGAACACUGUUAAGCGGGGAUGAGCUCACUCAAGUAAUCGUGCCGUUGGGUCGUGUGAUCGAUUCUCUGGGCUAUCAGCUGCGGUGGGAUUCAUCCAUGUGUUGCUUGCAGCGUGGAGAUGAUGAGCUAAUUCCACUUCGUGUCGUACGAGGGUGUCCUGAAGUGGAUGAAGCAGUUGCUCAUAGGCUGAUUCGUGAGCUUGAGCAGACCCAAGUCCCCCGCUUGCAAGAGGCCACCAUGGAGUCUGUCAGGAUCCUCAAGGACGUGGAGGUCAGCUGGUGGUCCUGUUUGGUUGAGUAUGUUACCUCUGGGGAUAUCCAA